AUGCAUGAGAUCCUCCUCUUUGCCUCCGUCCCUGCUGCCCAACAUGAGGACCUGCUUCACCAGCUCGCAGGGUUGGCGGCAAUGCAGCCGACGGAGGUGCUGGAACGCCGCCUGCUCUUCAGGUCUUUCCGUAAGCCAGGCUUCAUCAAGCCACGGGUCGGUGGCAGCCAGGCCCACGGACAGGAAGCCGCUGUCAGCGAAGUCCAGCGGCUGAGCAAGAUGCUGGGUUCCGGCAUGUAUCAUGUCCAGGUCGUCAGUGAUGUCGACAGGCCCGCCAGUAGUGCCGAUGCCGGCGGGAUGGGGGUCGCGGAGGACCAGGCGGAGUGGAGGGUCGAGUUCAAGGAUGUGCCUGAUGCCGGAGCUGCCACGGGAGUGACCACUCGGUUCGCGGGCACUGCUCGUCUGCCGGAAAACUACAUCUUCACCAUGAACGAAUGGGGGUUCAACUAUUAUUCUGAAUAUGUUGUAGAAGGCAACAUCCUCGUGCUCGAUGAAGCCGUUCUCUUCCUCCAUCGCAUACUGGUCAUCCCUCCAGAGCUACAUAACCCGUCUCAGGCGGGACGGCCACUCUCCCGUCUGCCGCCAUAUGACCAGCUAAAGCCCCUCGACCCCAGCGGAGGAUAUGUCUUGCAGGCGUGCUUCACCAUACAGGACAGUAACAGCCCUGACCUGCUCAGGUCGACCUCCCAGCGCAUGCUGGCGUUGAAGGAGCAGCUACGGCCGGCCAUACGACUCGAGCCGGGGGACAGGCUGGCUCUUGACCCUAGAGUGAAAGCCGGUACCCUCUAA